UUGCCAGGGCGACGGGACAAACAGUGCGGGCCGAGUGGCCGCCAUGGCGCCGGAGCGGAGACACGACCUGCACCUGACCAGCGCCGGCAUCGGCCUCCACUACAGCCCCGGCCGCGGCUUCCCCCCCUCCGGCUUCAGGUCAUUGUUGAAGGAUCCUCUGCCCCCGAAGCUGAAGGAACUGGACAUCACCCAUCCCGACGAUGAGGUCUACAAUUGUUACGAGACCACGACAGGCUCAGCGCACAAUGUCAAGACCAUCGACGGCAUCCUUGGGCACCCUCGGCACGUCAAAGUGCCCAACCAUUGGGAUGUCCAUUACAUGAAGGAUCUGGGUGAGAAGCUGAGCCGGCGGGACUGGAAGACUCCACUAAACAUGGUCAACCAGACCAGUGAGAUGAAGGACAAGUAUACGGGCCGGCUGCCCCAGUCCAUGGACACUGCGUUCAAGUCCGGACCACAGCCCUUCCCCCUCGCCAGCCACCUCACCAAUGGACCAACUAAAAAUAUCGUGGCCAGCACAGAGAACCCCGUGAUGGCAGGGAAGGAGUUCUACGUCCGGGACAAGGACGUUCUCCGGCUGAAUGACAUCUACUUGUCGACCACAAACAAGGACUUCAGGGCCUUUAAAAAGACUGAGUUGGAAGGCAUAGCGAAGAAGGACAUAGCCACGUACUGGCAGACAGAGGACUAUCCCAAGGCGUGGGGCCACGGACUAAAGGAGAAUCCUCUCCCCAAGGCGUCGCAACGCAUCAACCGCGGACCCGGCCCGAUGAUCGACCCGUCCGUCUUCUCCACCCAGACACGAAUCCCCCGGCUGCCCAGACGUCUCCCGCCCGUCCCCAACCGGGGAAUGAAGACCCCUGUUCCAGGAGUCGUACCCCCCGCCCAGCGACGUCAAACGCACGCGGGACAUCUACUGCCCACUGACCGCUCCGUGGGUGGUGACCCUUGAACCGUCCACCCCAGAGAUACUGACCGUCCCAAACAUGUACAAGACCCAGUCUAUGGCCUACGGCAGCAAGGAGCCAGCCAUCGUCUAGACGCCACAGACUCCCCGUCUCCUGUCCCACAAGGUGCAGGCAUCAUGGACCAGGAACUCCCAAAGGGGCCAUUCAGCCCAUCGAUCGUAAACCUGCUAUCUCACCGAGCUCUCCAGCUAAUCCACUCCCACCCCCUCCCCCCCUUGUCUGUCCACAAGUGCUGUCACUCCCCCCUCCCCC